AUGAACUUUGAGGUGAAACAGAGAGGAAUGAUAAAGAUCUUGCAGCUUCCAUCUGAACGACAGUUCUCUGAACUGUUCAAGCGCUACAACGGAAGUCCCUCCACACAAAGCCAGAAACCACUGGUUGGGGAAAGAGCAAGGGAGUGGCUCAAGCCAAGCACAGCAGCAUGCGAAAGACUAACGGCCAUUUUACUGGCGCCGAGGUUUCUGAAGGACGUGGAGAAAAUCAGCCCACUUUACCACACGUCCUACAUUGAGGCAUUUCACAGCCUCAUCAUCAGGUUCUCUCCGAAAAGUGUGUGCUUCUCCUUUAAAGGAAUGAUGGCCAGGUUACAAAUCUCAGCGUUGCACUAUAAUGAGAACGCGACACGCACACACGCCAGAACUGCUGCUGAGGGCGAUGCUACAAUCCAGGCCAUCAUUAAGGCAAACCCUGAGGAUCUGAUUGGUGCCACGGUCUACACAACUGAGUAUCCUUCCGUUAGUAGUGCCAAGAAGAUGAUCGACUCAGGCAUUUCAAAGCUGAUUUACUUUGCCAAAACAAUCAAAUGCAACAACCCGGACUAUUUUAAAGAAUCAGAGGAAAUGCUCAACCAAGGCUCCAUAACUGUGGAGUUGUACCAACCCGGUAAGAUUGAUUUGAAAUAA